GCCUGCACGGCUUCAUCUUCUACUUCCUGGCUUCCGUCCUCCUCUCCGUGCUCUUGGUGUUGAAAGCCGGACGGCGGUGGAACAAGUACUUUAAAUCCCGAAGGCCGCUUUUCACGGGGGGGCUGGUAGGAGGGCUCUUCACGUACGUCCUGUUCUGGACUUUCCUCUACGGGAUGGUUCACGUCUAUUGA